UGAUCGACAUUGACGUACAUGAAACAAAAUUACAUUCUUUUAAUAACAAGCAUAGAAUUAACGAUAUCAUAAGGUUGACGUAUAAAAAGCAAGUAUACUUCAUCACUUAACUAUAGACAGUUCCCAACAUAAAGGUGUACGUAUUUUUAUUGAAAGAUUUUAGAAACUUAUAUUACUAUUAUUCAGUUUUUUAAAGUUCUAUCAAUUUUAUUUAAAAUAUAAAUAUAAAAUUAUAAUGACUACGCUUUGGUCAUUUUAUUACGUAGUUUUUGCCUUGAUCGCCAUCGGACAUCAGGCAGAAGCAACCAGUUUUUUUUGCAAAAACUUGAGUGAAAAAUUUAUUAGUAAAUUUUAUCCCGGUGUGAAUCCGAAUAAUAUUCAAUAUUAUUUCUAUGCGAAAGGAAAUAAUGCAAAUGUACACCAACAAUACAAAGAAAGCAACGAGAUACAAACAAAAUUCUUUAAUCCCGACCAAAAAACAAUCCUUAUUGUUCAUGGAUUUGUGAAUGACCAAAGUACUGCUUGGGUUCAAGAUAUGAUCCGAAAUUUUCUUGACAAGGGAAAUGUAAAUGUCAUUGCUAUUGAUUGGUCCAUCAUGUUCAGAAGAACGCUGCUCAACUAUCGUGAAUCAGCUAAGAAAACGGAACAAGUAGCAGCAAGCAUUACAAGGUUCUUUGUAAAAUUGGCUGAAGUAUACGACAAAGACUUAAGUAAAUGGGCAUACCUGCACUUCAUGGGACACAGCCUUGGAGCUCACGUGGUAGGCCAAGCUGCCGAAAUGUUAAAGCCAUUCGUUAAUAUUCACAGAGUCACUGGAUUUGAUCCAGCUAAACCUUACUUUGAUGAAGGAGAAGGUGUACGCAUGCGACUUGAUAAAUCAAAUGCACAAUUUGUCGACGUAAUCCACACUAACAGCAGUCCAGACGAAAAGACUUUUGGACUGUAUGAACCUUUAGGUCACAUUGAUUUUUAUCCAAACGGUGGGAACACACAACCUUGUUGUACAAGAAACUCUAAGACGAUUCACGAUGAUGAAAUCAAUAAAUGUGUUUCUUAUUUAGUUUGGGGAAUUGAUGCCACUGGUCUAUUCGCUAACUUUGUUUCGAAAAUAAUUAAUAAACAAGAUAUGGUGUGCGAUCAUAGACAAGGGCAAGACUAUUUUAUUCAAUCUAUGGAUGGUAGUUCAAAGUAUGUGGCAUGCAAAAAGGUUUCAAUGCAAGAUAAAACGAAUAAAAAGGUUAAAAGGUGCAUAGAAAUGGGAAUAAAUGCUUCACGGUAUAAUGGUACUUCGUACCAUGGAAGUUACUACUUAGAUAUUACGAAUUGUAAUAAAUAAUAAUGUUAUAAAU